AUGCUGAGAUGCGAGUUUCAAGAGCCUGUCACCGAGCCAGGCGGGCGACGGGUCUUGCAUAUACGCGACCCACGUCUCUGCUGCCGUCAAGCGCCUAGCCAUGGCGACGGGCAGCGACCUGACAGCACGCUACACUGGGUGACGCCAGCAGUCGAGGGCUGGGGGUGUGCGUGUGUGCAAUACGGACAGCCGCGUAGGCUGUCAUCGGUGAGACGUGGCUGCGACUGCGACUGCGACUACGACUCCCGCACUCUUCCCCAGGAAUUCGAGGUCAAGCCUGCAGCGCUCGGACGACGGCAGCGAUUUGCACUAACUCUAUCCGGCAACAUCUGGGGUAAAGUGGCCGCUAGCGCCGCCACUAGUCGCUCGCAUGGGUCCCAUGGGCCGCCUGAACCUCCGGCCACUCAUGGCGCCGCAUGA